GCCAUGCGCGCUGACCCGGAUUGCAGCGGCGGCGAGACUGGGCAAAGCGAACAGGAUCCGCCCCUCCGGGUCCGCACGGCGAACCUCUAGGUCUGACCUGCGUCUUCCCCCGACUGAGCCCGACCGCGCUGGGGCUGCUGGAGCGGCGCGCACGGAGCUGCCUCCUGGAGGCACCGCAGCGGCCUAGGCGGCCCGGGCAAGGCGCUCGGCCCCGCCCGGAGGGGAGGCAAGAUGCCCAUCAAUGUGAACGACAUGAUGCAGCUUCUGUGCCAUGUAUCGGAAGAGCGGAAGAUGAAGGCAGCCUUCCGGCAUUCCGGACGAGGGGCCCUGGUGGCCGGGGCGACGGCCUUUGUUGGCGGCUUAGUCGGAGGUCCGCCUGGGAUCGCUGUAGGAGGUGCCGUUGGAGGUUUGCUUGGGGCCUGGAUGACCUCUGGACAGUUCAAGCCCAUCCCUCAGAUUAUCAUGGAACUGCCUCCCAUUGAGCAGCAGCGGCUUUACGACGAUGCUUAUGCCAUCAUUAGCAAUUUAGACUGGACUGACAUGGCCCAGCUGAUGGCCCUGGUCAUGGGGAAUGCAGCUGUGCAACAGAAAUUGCUAGGUGUGCUGAUGAACUAUCUCACAAACGAGCUCCGGGCAGAGAUUCGGUAUGGAGAGUAGAUUCUUGCAAGAUUUCCUGCGUGGACUUUUAAAAAAAUACAUAUAGUGCAAAACUUUUUAACCUAUCAGGAUCCUCGAUUUCACAGUAGGAACAGGAGAGUUCUGCAGAGAAUAAAUACACUAUUUCCCCCUCCCGCACACCUUUAAUCGGCAGCACACAACUCAGUUGAGUGUCUCUGACCGGGUGACCUUUUCAUGACCCUCUCCUGUCCUGGUGUAGUGGUUAAGUGUGCAGACUCUUAUCUGGGAGAACCAGGUUUGAUUCCUCACUCCUCCACUUGCAGCUGCUGGAAUGGCCUUCGGUUAGCCGUAAGGGCAGCUGCUGUGAGAGCCCUCUCAGCCUCACCCACCUCACAGGGUGUCUGUUGUGGGGGAAGAAGAUAUGGGAGACUGUAAGCUGCUCUGAAUUGCUGAUUCAGAGAGAAGGGCAGCCUUCUUCUUUCUUCUGUUGCUCUACUGUUUCUUUCUGCUGCUCCAGUAAUGAUUGUCAUCUCAGUUGCUUGUGUAUUCAUUGACAAGAGUGUUUCAAUCCUGCAUUCUCCUGAGAUAGUGCCUUUAGGAUGUCUGGGGUCUAAUUCCCAAUGGCCAUUGGCGUUAGUGAGGUCACACUAUCAGAUGAUCCUGGGGAAACGGCACUGGGUCGAACUGACCGUUCUGACAUUUUCAUCCACAAAACACUACACUGGAAUAGAUCACAGUGCUGCUUGUAUUGGUUGGCGUGAAUCUGAUAUUUGUGAUGUAGGUUUCUGCCUCGUUCUUGAACUAUUUGCUGAGCCACCAAAAUGACCUUUGUAAACCUACUUGAAAUGAUGUCUCUCGGAUUGCCUGAACCUGCCUACCUCUUGUAUUGUGGAAGACAUAAAAUAGUCUGAUGUGAA